UGCUUCGCUGCUUCCCCCGUUGAAUGCGUUUGUUUAGGCUCGUGCGUCGAGCUGGCUGGAUGUACGACGAGCCGGCCGCAGUGGAGUGUGCGAAGCGUAACCGAACGGAUUUGCGCGGUACUCGUGACACUGUGUCCAGGCGACCGUCGACAUCUGUUUCUUUCCCAUCUCCAGUCCGCGCGCCCGACGACAACGCGGUGGACGAGUCGUCGGAGGCAACCGGCCGAACAGCGAGCGCGUGUUGAGUGCACGGCGUUUGAAUCGUUCACCGGAGUUUCGGAAACAUCAACUCGCUUGCUGCCGUCGUCGUAUCAUCGCCAGCCCAGCAAGCCGCCGCGAUGUCAACGCUGCUGCUUCCCGGAGCGGUAGCGGUACUCUGGGGUUCCGCUGACAACCGGUGACAGCGCGCCGAUAUCCGCGCUACGGUGUGUGUGUGCUGUGUGUCUUCGUCUAUCAGGCGGACACACGACGACGACGGGGCCUGCAGACGCCAGGCCAGGAAAGGGAUAGCAGUUUACACGUCGUUAAAGCUGGGCAUGGCUUCUGUUCUUACUUCCUGACCAACAUGUGGAAUAUUCAUGAUGUUGCUGACGUAACAGAAAAUGGACAUCUCAACAGUGCUUGCAGCGUUGUGGGGUGUCCUCGUGCUCCUGCAAGAACCCUGUCAAGGUGUGCUCCAGGGGGGCAAUGCCCCGCCCCCUGUGGUGUUGGUGCCUGGCUCCUUGCCCCCUUGGGAAGAAGGCGCCGGCAGCCCCCAGGCACCCACUUACGAGGCUCCGCACACAUCUCCCAUCUUCGUGCGUGCCGAGCCCAUUGCCCUUAGUGAGCCCCAGGGCACAGGCUGGAGGCCCAUGCACAACCCUUCCAGCUGGCUGUCCCAGCCCCACCCAGACAACCUGCCCAUCAGCAUGGCUCCCUCACCGUAUGUCUUUCCUGGAAGCAAGCCUCCUCCUCCCAUCACUGCCCCUCCAUCAUUUCCACAAGUGCCACAAGGCCCCGUCACACAGCCAGACUGGGGGAGCUCCGUACCACCCACACCAAGGUACCCCGUCUUACCCCAGACACACACAUCACCUCAGCUCUCCAACGACAUUCCACCUGUGAGGACAAGUUCACCAACAAUGCCCAGUGAGAAUACUGUGCCACACCCCGUCUUCAAGACGGAGCCAAUAACUGAAAGGCUCCCAGACACCACCCAGGCUACGGCUGUCACAGACGCAACGGUGCCUCUCUCUGUGAACACAGUGUCUGAUGAACACGGAAAUGUGCAUCAGCAGAGCAAUGCGACACCCAGUUCUACGUCAAGUGACUCAAGCCCAUUGCGGGUUCCUGGUGGCUUGUUAGACCAGAAAACUACACGCCAUGUGAGUGUCUCUGUGGAUGCCACAGCAGGCAGUAGUGCUACUGUCACGCCGAACGAGACAUCGACACCAGCCCCAGUUGACAGGGACUCGCCAAACAUUGAGUCUCCAGACUAUCCAUUAGCAGGAGGUGCAGUGGCUGGAAUAGUCAUCGGCUCCAUUGCAUCAGUGGCACUCCUUGCAGGUCUGAUAACCUACGUUGUCUUACGGAGGCCUUUCCUGAAGCUGCUGAAUGGCCAGGACAAGUCGUCUACUGAUAAUGUCGCCUACAUCGAUGACUCGGUGCGCAGUAGCUACAUGAACACCCAUAUUGAGCUGCCCAAGGAAAACUCCGAAGAAAUGACUUCACUGGACAACGAUUCAUUUCUCAACAGCCUGGAAGCAGUGACCAUACAAAACUACUGGGCUGACACCAGCAAGAACACUAACGUGUGAAAAACAGAGCUAGCAGACGAAGAUGUCCGCCUCCGAUGCUGUGCAUUCCUUAACUUGUGAAUACUAGGUAGCGGACUGAAAUUGCUGUGCUGCAUUGUUUUAUCUUUUGUUGAACAGGUGCAGUACUCGCAGCAAGUGAUGGUGACCUUGCUGUGUCCCCCCCCCCCUCAUUGUGCACUUCAUUCAUUUGACUUUUCAAGCACCCUCGCUGAACAUUACCGCAAUGAUGUCUAAAGCUCUUCUUGCCCAGUUUCAUUUUUUUAUUGCAGCAUCAGGUUGAAAAGCAGCAACAUCAUUUUCUGAGUUUCAAGUGUGGAAUGUUGAUCUACAAGACAAUGCAGUCAGACCUCGAUAGAACGGACAUGCACAUAAUGAAUUAUAGUAAAUAACAAAGUAAAUUGAAAAUGUUUCUUUACAAUUUCACUGCAUAACAAAUACAUAUAGGCUUUUAACAGAUAUUGAGUAUAAUGAAGGUAUUUGUAUGUUCAACGGGACUUCUUUAUAAUGAUGGUCAACUGCAUGCCAAAUUUGGCAAACGCACUUUUCCACUUGCCUUGAAUGCUACCAAUAUGGUCGUGGAUCUCGUACAUGAAGUCAGCAAGAAUGGGAGAUUAGGACUUGCUGACGCAUUCCCUGCACUGUAUACACUUCGAUCCCAUGCAUCACUAUUUUAGUGGUGGCAUUCUUAUGUAAAGUUGUCUGUCCGUCAAGUUUCUCAUAUCUCCCUCUGUUGGGAAUUUAACUUUUUGCAGCCUGUCGACUCAACAUUUCAUCAUGCUGCCGAGCACGGAGGGUAGUGUAGACAGCAGCGCACUGCUGUUAGAGAUUGGCAUAAAUAACUAGUUCACCUACUGUUCAGAUAUUGCACUUAAGUGGCAUUAAGUGGUGGGCUUUGUUCAAUGCAAGGUUUAUAGCGACAUUUCUUUCCUGGUUUGUCCAAUAUUAAGAGUGUGGAGUUGCCUGCAGCAAGGCUAUUUCAGAGGUGGAGAAAUUUACCAUGCAGGCUGCAGUGGUGCCUUAUUCAAAAGAAAGCUUUAGCCCGCCUUACUCAAAUGCAUGUGCAAAACACAGAAAUGUCCUCCUUGGGAUACCACUCAAUUGCUUUCUAAUAAUUAUUUUUUUAUUUAGCAGAGAAAACCAAAUCAGUCAAUUAUUGGCCCCAAACCACUGAUUCAGACCACAAAUUUUUUCAAUAUUGAUGGAAAUGACAACUUUGUCAAGAGUGGGGCCUCUCUAUUAUGGCAGCAGGGAGGAGGACACUGCCACACAUUGCAAUUAGAGACCAUGCAAGUUUGCUUGAGCACAGUGUCACAAAAUGUCCCCAUCAGUGCUGCUUUUCUAUGCUUCAUACUGCAGACAUACUUGCAAUCGAUCCUGGUAGCAGUCAGACACUUAGUGCUGCACAUGUUGCACCCAAAGUAUUGCAACACUAGUUGCUGCCAAGGCUUUAGGUACGAGGGCAUGCACACUAGUCUGCCAUACACUUUGGAUCUACAACUUUUGUGUUUUGCUGAAACUUGGGAUGCAAUUUACUUGAAUGUUAGCGUUGUUUUUUUUCCUCCAAGGGUUACAUGCACUGUGAAUAUGCAACUGAAACUUGUCUUUCAGCCACAAAGCCUAUUUGCUACCGCUGAUCUUCGGCACCCGUUGAUUCACAGUAUAAGAGGGUCAUGGAGAUCUGACACAGGGAUUGAAGUGGUUCUGGAGUGAAACUAUGCACGAGCACUUGUUUCAUUGUGGAUGUGCCUGUACAGUCUGUUUUAAGGAGCUCUGCGAAAGCACGUGCUUGUGGCUUAAGACUUUCCCUGAUGCUGAGAGCCUUAUUUGUACUUAGUUUUAUAAUCUCUGUGAUCACCAGGAACAUCAAAACUAUAAAGGUCUUCUAGCAUAGACAAGUCUUAGCUGAACUGCUUCUUUAGGUCAUCUGAGAACUUUAUUAGACAUUUCUCCCAUGUGAUGUACAUUGCAAGACUUCAGACUUUGUACUUACCAAUUUUAAUUCUUUCACAAAAGGUGACAAAUAUGUGACGAUUUGUUACACACGGCACAGUAAAUUUUAGAUGCACAUUUCUGAUGCUAGUAUAGCUUAACAUGUAGUACAUAUGCACCAUUUGACAAAACACUGGCGGAGAGGCUCAAUGUGGCUGCAGAAUAUGCGCAUAUUUUGUUCACGUGCACUCCAUUAGUUCUAGUCGUGGCCUUAGAUAUUACAGAAUAUUAUUUAUUUUUUUCUUCCGGCUGUACUUCUUUUAUCUUGCAGCAGGUUGUUCACUGUGGAUGAUGACAUACUUAAUAAAAGAGAACCGACUGAGUAGUGUUGGAAAAUAAA